GAAAUAACUCUUAGAAAUACCAAUUCCUGAUCUUUGGCUGUUUAAAAAUCCCACCUUGGGGCUAGUUAGUACAGUGUUCAAGCUUUGUGAAGUUCAGCUGCAACACUGAGCCCAGACAUAGAGCCUUUGGAGCUGAGCAAGAGGCAGGAGAUGCAACAUGUGCAAGUCUUGUCUGAGUUUGUCUGCUCAUCGCAGUCCUUGCUUUGUGAUUCCCAUGGCUAGCUGGUCAUCUCACGCAGAGAACUUGUGUGAAAGAGUGCUGUUAGAUGCCUGCAUGGGAACUGAAACCAGGGGAGAGUCGUGCCUAUAACUGUGGAGUUUCUGUGGAGUUUCCCAACUCGUUCUGUGGUGAUCUGCCUCACCACUCUUCAAAUGAAAUGGAGCCUGCGCCUCACCACUCUUCAAAUGAAAUGGAGCCUGCCUCCUUUGGCGGUUUGGGCUUUUAAAUUGUUUUCCUAUUCUUGUACUUCCUUCUCUUUUGCCCUCAUUGAAGGAAAGUAAAAAGAAUUGUAUUUGUGAACAUGGGAAAAUGAGAAUUCAUUUGUGAGAAGUCAGGUCAAGGGAGUGAGCCUUGCUGCUAAUCUUGACUGUGUAGGAUUUAUGUUUCAGCUUAAUCUGGGUAAUUCUGUAAUACAGUAUGAAGCUAGUUCCAAAGGUCUACUGGGGCUUCACUUUAUAGAAACUGGGAUGAUACUUGGCCUGUACUCACCAUAUCCCAGGAGCUGAUAUUUAUUCAACUGCUUUGUCACUCCAGUCACACUUCUUUUGUAAAUUUUUUCAAUGCGGUGAGGACUGAUAUCCAUGUUAUAAAGCUAUACUGAUGUAGCUUUCUCCAUUUAAUAGGUACUGCUUUAUGGUCACUGUGGUGGUUAUCCUUGGAGAAGAUGUAAUGCGGGAGAAAACUAGGUCACUCAUCACUAAUCUGCUCCCACCAACCUCCUACUCCUUGGCUGAGUGGAGAUGUUGUGGCAGUUUACAAUCUAAUUCCAGGACUGCUUUCUGCUGCAGUGUCCUGCUUUAAGCUCAGGCUCUGCCAUUCUGGUAGAGGUUGCAUGAGUAGAAAAGACUUUAUUUUUUGAAAACUCUGUCAGUACAUAAAGAGAAGAAAUUGAGUAAGAUACCCACCUGGAAUGGGAUUUCUAUUACAUCACAGCCAGCUAAUAGCAGUUGUUGGCAUUAAACAGACAUUAUGUAUCACUACUACUGUUUUGAUCUGCAUUCCCUCUUUAAAGGGGAAUGAAGUUUAAAGCUGUACUUGAAAGACAGUUUUAGUGAAAAAGUAAAGAACAGCUCUGGUUUGUGUGCAUAGCAGCAUUUGCAUGUUUUAACAAAAUGCUGCAACUAUUUUUAAGAUAUUUUGUCCUAUGCUGUCUGGUUUUCAUUCCUUCUCUGCUACAGAUCUUUGUGGUUGUUUUGCUUUCCAUGUGUUGCCUUAUAAAUAAAAAAAAAGCAGCCUAAAUAAUCUAGGAUUUAAAUGGCAAGCCAGCUUUUACACUUCCUGCUGAAGGCCUGAGCAGAAAAAACAAAUCUGAGAAAACAGCAGUAAGUAGGAAAAGGUUACAAUAUAUUUUAUCUUUAGUCAACUUUGUGUAGUUUUUCUAUUGGUCCUUGAGAAGCAGCUCCUCUCAAGAGUUGUCCUCAGCAGUAACAUCUGUGUUUAUCCUUUUAAAAGGCUGUCUUAGGACAAGGGUAACAAGACUGGGAGCAGCUACAGGUAUCCUUAGAUGGUACUAAAUACUUACUAAGAACUCACAACUGCUUCUGUCUGCCUAAGCCCUGUCUCCCUCAGACAAAAGUAGUCUCACCACAUAGGACAUGUUGUGGUCAUUCAGCCAACUUUGAAAUAUAAACACGAAAUAAAACAAAAUUGGGAAUUCCUUUAGAAAAGGCCUCUGUAAUACAACCUUCCUUACAGCCUACUAAUGUAAAAACCGCGAUGAAAGCACAGCAGUACUCUGGAUCCAUAACAGUAAAUAUCAUUCACUACACUUACCUGCUCAGCCCUGCACUCCCAGGAUGCUGUAUGCAUAACUGUAACGUCCCAGCCCCCAGCAGAAGCUGUGGUGCACUCAUGGCAAUACCUUCCUUAUUUCACUGGGAACUCCUGUGCCUGAGGAAUCACAUGGUUUGCCGACUCACUUGCCUCUAAAGCCAGCUCCUGCAACAUGCACUGUUUAUGGCACAAACACACCUGCACCACCCAGCCCAGGGCUCCCGCAGUGUUCCUCUGGGUUGUGUUUUCCUACAGGGAGGGAUGCCAUUUACAGCCCGCUGGCAAACAGUAGCCCAGAGCACACCCCACUGCCUUUACCUGCUCUGCACUGCGUCAGCUGUCCAGGCGUGGUGGCUCCCAGCAGGCACAGAUGGUGCCUGAUCUCUCAGUGCUGCUCACAUGUCCUGCACUGCUGGGCUGAGACGGGCAGUGUGACCAUUCACUUGGCUCCUUCACACAAAGCAUGAGUAGAAUUAAGGUCGAGAAAGCAAACUGCUGCUUUUCUAUCAGUAGAUCAUACUUAGCAAAGUAUAUCUGAAUUUGACUGUGAAGGACCAUAAUAGUUCUGUGGAUAAUAGGCUCAUGAAAGUCAACGUGGUACACUUUUGCUUAUAUACAAAAGGCUUCAUCUAUUUCCUCAUGGCACCAAGAGCUGUAGCUGCCUAUGAAAUCAGGUGUGGGCAGAGGUACGGCAGCACGUUAGAAUCACAGAAGAGAGUUGGAAGGGACCCUUGAAGACCAUCGAGUCCGACCACGGCUCCACACAGCACAACCCAAAAUCCAAACCCAACGCCUAGGAGCGCUGUCCGAACGCUCCUUGAGCUCCGGCUCCUGUGGCCGCGCCCACCGCCGGUGAAAGUUCACAGGGAUGCGUCCCAGCUCCCAUGCAAAGGGCGGCACACGGGGCCGUCGGGCCCCCUCAGGGCGGCUCUCCGCUGCCCGCCCCUCUCCCCGUGCGCGGGGCCUGCAGGAAGCGCUUUUGUUUCAGCGUCGACGGGCGGGGCGCUGCCUCCUCCUUCCCGUUCCCGUUCCCUGCCGCGCUGCUCCAGCCGCCGCCCUUUUGCUUUCGCUUCUUGCCGGCUCGGCAGCGCGGCCAUGGAGAACGGCGGCGUCUACAACGAGACCACCGAGCCGCGGGCCAAGCUGCCCCUCCGCCGCCGCUGCGGCUGCACCCUGCGGCACCUGCGGGGCUGGCGGCUGGCGCACAAAGCCCUCCAGCCGGUCCUCUCUUUUCUGGCUGUUAUUUUUGAAGAAAUUGUGGAGGAUUGUAUCAACUGUCAUGGGCUGUACUUCUUUGAAUUUGUAAGCUGCAGUGCUUUUCUUUUGAGCCUCCUGAUCCUGUGUGUGUAUUGCACUAUUGCAUAUGAAACGUUUGGGAAAGAUAAAGUAAACAAAAUGAACUUUUGGACCAUGCUCAUUAUAGGUGCCUUUUUUCUAAUAGCUUCAAUAGUGCUUGCUGCAACUAGCUCUGGGUCUGCUUUUGAAAAAGCUGCUUGUGUGUUUGGAUUUUUUGCAAGUGGGGCAUUUUUAGCUGAAUUUAUAUGGGAACUUUGGUGCAGUCGGAAACAAAGCACUGAAGAAUGUUCUGAAAAUCCAGGCCACACUCAAGGUGCCACAGAAGAUCAGCCACUGAAUAAGCCAAGCUAAACUUUCUGAAAUUAGUUCUUUUUUUUUUUUUUUGAGUGGAGCAAACUAAAACUAAGUUUCAAUGCUCUGUAGGUAAUAACUUCUGUCUCUUCCUUCUAAUCAGUUUUGUGUGCGUUGUAAGUCACAAAAAUUUAAAGAUCUGUAGGCAAGUAAUGACAUCUUGAGCAUUCUGCUUUAUUUAAUUUUCUAAGUAACUGGUCCUGCCACCUAUUUAGGUGGCAUGCAUUAAAAAAAAAAAAAAAAAAAAAA